AUGGCCACAAAUAUGAUAUCUCACGCCUACCAUUCCCUUGUAAAUGGGCUCAACACUGGACCCAAGGGUAAAGAAUUUCACACUGGAAUUGUAUCCAAAACAGUCAAUGAGAUGAUUAUAGCUCCCAUUGAGUAUACAAGUGAUGAAAGUGGUUCAGCGAUAACUAGCAAUCAAUUUAAUAAUAUGGCCACAAAUAUGAUAUCUCACGCCUACCAUUCCCUUAUAAAUGGGCUCAACACUGGACCCAAGGAUAAAGAAUUUCACACUGGAAUUGUAUCCAAUGCCGUCGGGCGCCAAUCCCUGCCACCACCCGGAGUCGAUCUGUUCAAUGUGUGUGAUGAGGUCAUCAGGGUCAAAGCUGAUCUCAGUCUCGUCAGCUAA